AUGUUAUUGUUGUGUGCUGGGGGCAUUGAGUCAAAUCCGGGACCUAUGUCCAAAGAACAAGAGACCCAGUUCAAUACUAUGAUGACCUUGCUUGAGAAACUAAGCACAGAAGUAAAGGACGUGCAGGGUAGUUUAUCCGCGACUUCUUCGGAGAUAGCUACAUUGAGAGCCCGUAUUGACGACCUCGAAGGCAGAUCUAGAAGGGACAAUCUUGUUUUUUAUGGCAUCACGAACACUAGCAAUAAAAUGUGGAAGGAAUCGGAAGAGAAGAUGCGGAUAAUGUGCCAUGACAAUUUGGGUGUCACAGUUCACUCCGAACAGAUUGAAAGGGCGCACCGUGUGGGACGUUUACAAGAAUCCAAAACAUGUCCGAUUAUUGUAAAGUUCUCAAGCUACAAAACCAAGGAAGCAAUCUUGAGAAAUGCAUUCAAACUUAAAGGUACUGCACUAGUAGUAUCCGAAGACUUUACGACGUCGGUCCGAAAUGCCAGGAGGAAAUUGAUUGCAUUUGGGCACACGCGAGGGCAGCCUUUCCGCCUUCGCUUUAACAAGUGA